UAAGAAAUUCAAAUGAGGUAGUUUUGUUACAUAAAGUAUGAAAUAAUGAUAUCUGAUAUUUGAAACCACAUGAGAGGUUUAUGCAAUAUUCUUAUAAUAAACGGGCAAUGCAAAUCCCCGAUGAAAUAAGAAAGAAAAUUAGCAAUGUAGGUGCCAGGAGAAUGUCAUAUUUCUAUAUCUUACUCUUACAUUAACAAUUAGGGUGAGCCAAUGACACCUACAUAAAUACAUAAUCAUCUUCAAAACCCAACAGACCAAGUCUACUUCUAACAUCUAACUGCGUCAUCAUUCCAUUCCAUGCACUACUUUUGAUGUGCAAGCAAAUUACUACUGACCAAUUCUGAACUCAAACCGUGUAAAAUAAUAGUUUGGUAUAUAGUAGUUAUCUAAGUCUAGAGACAAUAAUGUUCUCUUCUACUUAUGGUAAUUUUCAUACGAUUUGACUGAGCUAAAUUUGUCAACUCCCUCUGCGUUUUGUCAAAAUAUGGAAAGUCCAUUCAAUAUCUCUAGAUAGUCGGCAUCAAAUGAAUACAAAAGUAAUUGUGGAUUGGAGGGAUGAGUACCACGCAAAGUUCAAACCAAUAUCAAUUUUGUCAGUGUGUUAAUUUAGUCAACUUUUGAUUUGGUCAAAUUAAGGAGGAAUCUUGCUUGUUAAAAGUCCUCUCACGACUCUUAUUUGAAUGCUUUAUUUUUGACUUUUCAUGCUACGUUGUUAUAGGUACGAAGGCAAUUAUUGGUUGAAAUGUAUGAUUAUAUAUCCAGAGCUUCCCAAUUAAGAGAGCUUUACACACUCUCUGAAACGUAGUUACUUUCAAAAGCCCCAACUGCUUGUUGCCCAACUCUUAGAAUAUUUACCAGAGCUUUUCAGAUGCAAAAUCAAAGAUGCCACUUCCUGAUUCUAUUCAUUCAGUUUGUCUCUAUCAUUAGCUUUUGCCACUACAUAAUGCCAAUAAGUGGUGAAAAUGAAACUAAUGCCGUAAAGAAGGUGGAUGUGGGUAUAAUUCUUGAUCUGGAAACAAAUGUGGCAAAAGUAAUGCACACAUGUAUCUUGCUAGCUCUUGAAGAUUACCAUGCCGCUAAUCGCAGUGCCAUUAGGGUAGUCCCUCACUUCAGGGAUUCCAAGAAAGAUGAUGUUGAAGCAGCAUCCGCAGCCAUAUACUUGCUAAAGGAUGUCCAAGUACAAGCUAUCUUUGGGCCACAAAUGUCUACACAAACUGAUUUUGUGAUUGACAUAGGGAACAAAGUAAAGGCUCCUGUCAUUUCUCCAGCAACAAGUCCUUCACUUUCAGUCAAAGAAAAUCCCUACUUCAUCAGAGCAGCACUUCCUUCUUCCAGCCAGACUAAAGCCAUAGCAGCAAUUGUUAAAAACUAUGAGUGGAGGGAGGUUGUAAUCAUCUAUGAGGAUAGCCCCUUUGGAACGGGGAUAGUUCCACAUUUGACUGAUGCUUUACUGGAAAUUAGCACAUUAAUCUCCUAUAGAAGUGUUAUUUCUCCUUCAGCCAAUGAUGAUCAAAUCCUCAGGGAGCUAUACAAGUUGAAUACAAUGCAGACGAGGGUGUUCAUCGUGCACUUGCAAUCAUUUCUUGCCUCUCGCCUUUUCUUCAAGGCCAAAGAAGCUGGGAUGAUGAGCAGUGGAUAUGCAUGGAUCAUCACGGAUGUGCUAACGAGUCUUCUAGACUCGGUAGAUCCUUCAGUGAUUGAGUCAUCAAUGCAAGGUGUUCUUGGUGUAAAGCCUUACUUUCCAAGAUCAAACGAGCUUAACAAUUUCACCAAGAGAUGGAGAGAGAGAUUUCGUCGAGAGUAUCCAAACAUGGACCAAGUUGAACUCAAUGUUUACGGGCUGUGGGCAUAUGAUAGCAUUACCGUCUUAGCAAAAGCAGUACAGAAUGUGGGCACAACUGUCAUCCCAGAAGUCAAGAAACCAGACACUAAAGAGAAGUUAUCGGACUUGGAUGCACUUGGAACCUCAGAAUUGGGAUCUUUGCUCAUUCACACUCUGCAAAACACAUCCCUAAAAAGAGGACUGAGUGGUGAUUUCCGUAUCAUUGAUGGAGAAUUGCAGCCAUCCCCAUAUCAGAUUGUGAACAUAAUUGGGAAAGGGGAGAGAAGCAUUGGAUUCUGGACAGAGAGUGAUGGAAUUUCAUAUAAACUGACUAUGAAUGGGAAAACAGCUAAGAGUAAUAAUAAGCAACUAGGUACCAUCAUUUGGCCGGGUGAAUCUACUAUUGUUCCGAGAGGCUGGGAGAUGCCCACAAGUGGGAAGAAGUUAAGGGUUGGAGUUCCUGUCAAAGGAGGUUUGGAGCAAUUCAUCAAAGUGGAAAUAGAUUCAAAAACACAAGCAGUAACCGCAACUGGUUUCUGUGCAGAUGUCUUCAAAGAAGUCAUCCAAUCUUUGCCAUUUGCUGUCACUUACGAAUUUAUUCCAUUUCGAAUACCAGAUACCCAAACUCUUCCAGACUAUGAUGAUCUUAUUUACAAGAUCUCUUCCAAGGAAUAUGAUGCAGUUAUAGGUGAUGUGACCAUUUUAGCGAACCGAUCCAAGUAUGUGGAUUUCACAUUACCUUUCACGGAGUCAGGUAUUUCUGCAGUUGUGCCAGUAAGGGAUGAUGAGAGGAAGAAUGCUUGGAUUUUCUUGAAACCUCUAAAGACCGAACUUUGGAUAACAACUGGAGCAUUCUUUGUCUUCAUUGGUUUUGUGGUUUGGGUACUCGAGCAUCGUGUAAACAAAGAGUUUCGAGGACCCAAACACAAGCAAGUUGGGAUGAUAUUCUGGUUUUCCUUCUCAACUCUCGUUUUUGCACACAGAGAGAGGGUAACAAGCAACUUAACAAGAUUCGUGAUGAUUGUGUGGGUUUUUGUGGUGCUGGUGCUGACAUCAAGUUAUACAGCCAACUUAACAUCUAUGUUAACAGUGCAACAGCUCCAACCUACUAUAACAAACCUAAAUGAUCUCAUAACAAAUGGAGAAUAUGUUGGGUACCAAGAAGGUUCCUUUGUCAAAGACGUCUUGAAGCGCAUGAAUUUUGAUAGCUCCAAGUUUAGAAGUUAUAGCACAUUGGAAGAGUACAAUGAUGCCCUCUCAAGUGGAAGUAAAAAUGGAGGAGUUGGUGCAAUUGUUGAUGAACUACCUUAUCUCAGACUCUUCCUUAACAAGUACUGCAAGAAGUAUAUUAUGGUCGGUCCAACUUACAAGGCUGCCGGCUUUGGAUUCGCAUUUCCAAAAGGAUCUCCUUUGGUACCUGACGUCUCAAGAGCAGUCCUGAAGGUGAUGGAGGGAGAGUUUAUGAAUAACAUAAUACAGAAAUGGUUUGGGAAUGAAACAGAUUGUCCAGAGAAAGAUGGAAUGGCUAUAACAUCUGAUAGCCUCACACUAGAUAGUUUUAAGGGCCUUUUUCUCAUAGCGGGUGUAGCUGCAGGUUCCGCUCUUCUCAUAUUUUUCUUCAUCUUCCUUUAUCAGAAUAGAGAAAUCUUAGCCACUGAUGAUUCAAUAUUGCAAAAGCUUUCUGUAAUAGCAAAAGUCUUUGAUGAAGAGAUAGAUAACUCUAAUUCUAAGUCAGAAAAGCCAGAAGGCAAUGUGAGCCAAACGGCUACACCAUUCGCAGCAAGUGCAGCUUCCCCUGAAAUAUUGCUCGAUCUUGCUUCGCAAAGCCCAGAAAUCAGAAUUUCCGACAGCCUAGGAGCAUCCCUUGCAGAGGAAGGGUUUUCUACACCAGAACCUGGAACUCCAGUUCAUGAAACCAUCAUAGGGACAACCGAGAGAGAUGAUACAUAUAGCUGCUACAAUAAUAAUGAACACAAUUGAAUAGGGCCCUACAAGAGAUUGUACAGAGAUGACCUAGCUUUAGGGUUAGUUAAAUCACAUUAUAUUAUAACUUUGUCACUCUUGGCCGUAAUAUUUUUAUCAAGAGGCGGCUAAAAAAUUUAGAUAUGAUGGUUCAAUCUUUAAGUUCUUACUAUGAAUUCAUUGCACUUUUGUAAUUAUAGAUUUUUAAUUCAAUAUUUCUUGAAAUUCUAUUACUUUUCCACUUAUAUUUAUGUUCCAUGUUGAAAUUACUGGGUUCAGAAGUUGAACCCAAUAAAUAAGGAAGCAUCUGCCUCUGUUUUCAAUUUUCAUCAAGGUUUUCGGGUGGGCAAACGAAAGAUUUCAGAGGAAUAGGAACAGAACAUCACUUACCAAUACUUACAGACCCAUUUAAGAUGCCACAAGCAUAAUUUAAAAUAUCUAGCAAAAUUUGCAAAUUGCCAACUGAGAAACAAAUGGAGCUUUUAGAGGAAAAUCCACAGAGAAAAGGAUGCUCAUGUCUCAAGAACAGCAUAUUGGUUAAUUAAUUAGCUAUCCAUAAAAAUGAAAUUUUUAGCUCAAAAGUUAUUUGCAACUCAAAAGCAUACUUGUUAAACUACAAAUGAUACAGAAUCUGAGGCAGAAGAAAAAGACAGAAAACUCUAAGUUGACCUGGUUCAUGAACUACUUUUAGUCAAUGACGUAAAAAAGGUAAGGUCAGAUUAUGUUAUUUUAGAAUUUUGGAAGAGAAAAUUGGACCU